AUGUCCGAUAACCAUCAAUUGGAGUACAAACGUGGUCUGGAGGAUGCCAGGCGUCAUCGCUCCCGCACAGAGGAUAACUGGGUGCGUGCGAGUGUGGGACCAUUACUUUGGUUUGGUGUACCCUUUGCAGUGGCGUGGUUGUAUCUGCGCCGACAGGCACCCGCUAGCGCCAAAAUUAAUCCCUUUGAGGGUAUGAUGGAACAAAUGAUGCCCAUCAAAAAACGACAAUUCCGUGUGGAUGUCAAGGGCACUAAGUUUGAAGAUGUGAUUGGUAUUCCUGAGGCGAAACAGGAAGUGCAGCAGUAUGUGGAAUUCCUCACAAGUCCCAACAAGUUUACACGACUUGGCGCCCGGUUACCGAAGGGGUGUUUACUCACCGGUGAGCCUGGGACAGGGAAAACACUUCUGGCAAAGGCUGUGGCUGGGGAAGCGGAUGUGCCUUUCUUCAGCUGCAGCGGAUCUGACUUCAUUGAGCUGAUGGGGGGCAGUGGACCAAAGCGGGUGCGAGAGUUAUUCGAGGAGGCGCGAAGCUCGGCGCCGGCUAUCGUAUUUAUUGAUGAAAUUGAUGCUAUUGGUUCCCGUGCAGGUAAGAUAGGUGGUUCAGUGAGCAGUGAAGAGAAUCGAACUAUUAACCAACUGUUGGCGGAGCUGGACGGGCUGAAUACGGGCACAGACGCUAUUAUUGUAAUAGCCGCGACCAACUUUCAGGACAACAUCGAUAAGGCACUUCUUCGAGAGGGACGUUUUGACCGGAAAGUAAACAUUGAGAUGCCAGAUAAGGCGGCACGCGUGGAUAUCUUCAAGCAUUAUUUAAAUCGUGUGGGCACUGGUGAUCCCCGUGGACGCAAAGUGGACGAAGAGGGAGAACCACUGCCAACAAAUGAAAACGUGGACAAUCUCGAGCUGGCGAGGGAGUUGGCCGACCUAACCCCAGGCGUUUCGCCUGCAACGAUUGCAACGAUCGUAAAUGAGGCAGCAUUGCAGAGCGGUAUUCGCGAGAAGAGGCUUGUGGAUAAGGAAUCCAUACUGGAGGCGGUGGACAACACACUCGUGGGUCGCAAACAUCGCAAUCGCCAGAGUGUUACCUCUUUGCGAAGGACAGCCAUCCAUGAGGCAGGCCAUGCACUGACUGCUUGGAUGCUUCCUUCUGUAAAGCAGGUGCUAAAGGUCAGCGUUGUGCCACGUGGUCAUGCACUGGGAUACACGCAACGUGCAGGUGCCGAGUAUCAUGAAUAUCAAACAAACGCCACACUCUUGGCGGACAUGGUCGUCAUGCUUGGUGGGCGGGCUGCUGAAGAAACAAUUUUGGGAAACCCGUCUGCUGGCGCCAUGGACGACCUUCAGCGUGCGACAGACCUUGCACUUAAGCAAAUGAUGGCAUUUGGAAUGGAUGCCAACGCUGGUUUGCUUUCGUACCACCCAGAAUCCACACAGGCGGGUCGUAUUUUUGUGAAUUACUCAAACACGGCUCAACGCAUUGCUGAAGAAGAGGCUAAAAAACUUGUUUCGCUUGCUUAUGAGCUUGCUGUGGGAAUUGUCAAGGCGAACAAAGCUAAGUUGGAUGCGAUGGUAACUGAACUUGUUGAUAGGAAAGAACUGUUGACGGGUGACUUGGAACGUUUGUGGGGAAAACGCCCCGUGUCGCCCACGGUGGAGCAGCUUGUGGGGAAGCUUAUGACUUUACAGGGGAAUUAG